AUUGUGUACAUUCUGCAGAGUAAAACAUGGCGUCAGGCGGUUAGCCACUUAGCAUGAUAUAGGCGAGUUUUUAAUAAAUAUUGUCUUUUUAUUCACAUGAUUACAUUAGUUGAUGUGAUCUGGUGGAGUUUAUAAAUAGUCUCAGUCAGUUUGGGUUGAAAUAGUGAUGUUUUAUUACCGGGGCGUGUUUCUUUGCCGGCGCUAACGCUGACAGUUAGCUCGUUAGCUCCGCCGGAGCCCCGGUGAGUCAUGACGGAGGCGGAGGAGCUGCGGCCGGUUCCCCGGGAGAGAGCCAUCCUGGAGAGUUUCUUCACUCAGGUCGGUCUGUUCUCGUUCGACCGCGCGAAAGAUUAUGUGGAGAAGGAGAAGGACAACAGUAAAAGUGCCGGGGCGAUGUGGGCCGCGCUGCUGGCCGCUCUGGCUCACCUGUCCGCCGCAGAGAAGGCGUAUCACCACAUGACCUUCCUGGGACAGAAGAUGGGAGGUCAGUCCUUCUUCAGCCGUAAAGACUCCAUCCGCACCAUCUACACCUCCCUCUACAACGAGCUGCGGAAGGUGGCGACCGCGGGACGCCACAGCCAGCCAGGCUCCGCCUCCUCGUACCUGGAGGACCUGCUGUCGCACCUGUCGGAGCAGCUGUGCCACUUCACGCAGGCGCGCAUGGAGAUGGCCGACCUGUACGAGAAGAUGCACUCGCUGGGGAGCCAGAAGAACGUCAACUCGGACGAGCUGAUCGCCGCCCUGGAGGCCGUGCUGCAGAAGUACAGCUCCAAGUUCCAUCAUCCGAUCCUGGGCCGUGUGGAGGAAAGUUUCCAGACCGAAGUGGACGUGGUCACUCAGUUGCUGCGCUGCCAGGCUCAGGUGUCCGAGUGGCACUUCCUGUCGGCGCUGCUCAGCCUCCACGGCGCCAACACCAAGCUGGCGGCGUGGGGUCAACUCUUCCAGCGGCAGAAAGAGAUGCGCAAGAAUCUGUUCGGAGGUCAGUCCCAGAAGGCCGUGCAGCCGCCGCACCUGUACGUGUGGCUGCAGCGUUUCCAGGCGGCGCUGCUCGCCAAGUUCAGCUUCUACUUCCACGAGGCCCUGAGUCGACAGACGGCGCCGGCCGACAUGAAGGCCCUGACGGCGCGCACCGCGCCGGACUACCACGGCAAGAUCUGCUCCUUCAUACGCAAACACGACGCCAACAACGUGUCGCUGGUGUUCGACAACCGCGGCUCGGAGAGUUUCCAGGGCCACGGCUACCACCACCCGCACCUGUACCGCGAGGCGCCGAAGGGCGUGGAGCAGUUCCCCGCCGUGGUGUCGCUGCCGUCCGGGGAGCGGCCGCUCACGCACUGGCCCAACGUCAUCAUGAUGAUGGGAGACCGCGGCGCCGAGCUCAACACCCUGGACAAGGUGGUGCACUUCUACGACGACAAAGUCCAGAGCACGUACUACCUGACGCGGCCGGAGCCGCACUUCACGCUGGUCGUCAUCUUCGACGGCAAGAAGUCGGAGAAGGACCUGCACAUCACCGGGUUCCUGCAGGAGAUUUCAGGCUCGCUGCGGAACUCCAAACCCUUCAGCACGCUCAAGCCGGGGUCAAAGGGCUGAGACCAGAAUCUGGAGAUUGUGAAUUAUUUCUUUCCAGCUGAUCGACUUUGCCAAAUGUGUUCCAGACCAAAGUGAUUUUAUUUCAUCAGCAUGUUAGAGCCUUUAUUUUAAAUUCAUUUCAGUUUUUAAUUCUUUUUUUUUUUUUUGCACUAACUACUGUUUUAACAUGUUAACGUCUUAAUUUUAAAAAGUUUAUUUGUGAUUAAAAUAAAGUUUUCUCAUCAUUGCCUC